UAAAUAAAAAAGAACGUUAGAAACAGAGAAUACUUUGCAAUGUUUUCUUCGAAAAAGUUCCCAUCUGUUGGGUCUCUUUUCGGAAUGAAGAAGAAAAAAGAUGAAAAGAAGAAUGCAAAGUACGAAUGUAUGGAUGGAGAUUACACAAUUAAAUAUGACAUAAGAAGAUUUCCACCAGUUCACUCGGACGCUAUUUCAACGGUAUCUUCCAUUCAAAACGGAUUAUGUUUGUCAGGUUCUAAAGAUAAAAGCGUCAUCUUAUUCGAUUUUCAUAUCGGAAGCACUGUAGAAAAGUGGAAACACGAUAAAGAAGUAACAAAGACAACCUACGAUCCAAAGUCUGAUACAUUCUAUUCUUGUUCACGUGAUACUACUAUUAAGCAAUGGUCACGUAAUAAUAAAAACCCUGUUAAUACCUACAAUGGGCAUUUUAUGGUGGUCACUGGCAUUGCUGUUAAUUCAGAUGGUGAAAGGCUAUGCAGUGGUUCAAGAGAUAACAGUCUAAGAAUUUGGGAUACUAAAACAGCACAAUGCAUUAAUCAGAAUUGUAUAUCAAGAAAUUUGGUAACUCAUAUUAAAUGGGCUAAAGAUUCUCAUUUAGUUGCGCAGACAGGCGAAGAUAAAGAAUUAAGAAUCUGGGACGCAAGAACUCUUAGCGUUACCGUAACCUUUCCUAAGAAGCAGCAUAUACAAAUGUGGUGUGAUUGGUCCGAAGAUCAAAACUCUUGUUUAACUUGCAGUAAUGGCUUUGGUGGAAAUGGAUGCGAGGCUACAUUAUGGGAUUUAAGAAAUGCGAAGCCAGUAUCAGAAUUUAAAGGUCAUCAGGAGAGUUGUUGUUCUGCAAUUUUUGCGCAGAGUAGCAUGUGUGAUAGGCCAUGUAUUCUGACGUCAAGUAAUGACAGCACAAUUAAAGUUUGGGAUUAUGUCACUUCAGAAUGCCUAUCAACUAUGCCUCUUCCCGCAUCUGGUCCUGUAACUAGUCUUGCCUUAUUUCCUGAUGCAAGGUAA